AUGAGACCGACUCUUCGUUACUUCCUACAAUCGGCCAAGGUAGCCACCGCCGGAGGCGCAAUUGGACUCGGCUCAUUCUUUAUUUAUACUCGGAACGCGGAAUUCACUUCUAUCGCCGAAUCUGAUCCUAUCUUCAAGCUUGUCGAACAAAAGGGUUGGAAUCCGCAUCGUAAUCCGACGACUCACGAUUUUUACGUGCGACGCGUCUCACUGAGUGAUAUUCGCCCUGAGCUUCGGGAUUCGCCUACUGAGUUGACAAAGACUUUUUGUGCUGGGGUUUGGAGUGAUUGGGGUAAUGUUUUCCACCCUGGAUUCUCAAUUCAACGAGCCCUGUUGAAACGGGCGCGAAAUGACUUGAAUCAAAAUCACCUUUGGACUAGCGAGGACAUGCUGUCUUCUGACUACAGUGAAGGUACACUUAUAGCCGACUCUUUCGAGGUAUUAGAAAAGAAAGAUGGCCGGAUAGUGGUUCGCGGUGGGGAUUCUCCCUCAAACAAAGCGCUCCGACAGUUCGACGUGAUUUUAGAAUUGUCCACCGUUAUUCAGGAGCAUGAGCAAGCGGUUGAUUUUGGAUUCAAAUCUAUUUUCUUCACGGGAGAUAAGCAUUCUGGGCAGCCUCCAAUGCCGGGAUUUGCGGUUUGGUUGCAUUUACAGUAUGCCAAGUUGCUGCUCGAGACUGGGAUCUUGAAUACAAUGGUGCGGUGA